AAAACACACUAUCUUCAGUAAACUUACGAGGAAAAAGAGAAACCCUUUUUAUUUUACUUUUGCUGAUAAGAAACUCUUUUAUUCAGUCUUCUGUAGAAAUCCCGUUCAUUUAUUCUCCAAAUGCGAAGAAGACCGAUCUCUCUUGCUCCAUCGGAGAGAGAUCAUUGAAGAAGAUGCAAAUCUCCAAAUACAUCAUCAAGAAGCAUCGCUUUUCCAGGUACUUCUUAGGAACUCCUCUCAUAUCUCUCUCUCCAUCUUUCUUUCUCCAUUCUCUGGAUCGACCCUCUUACCUUCAAAAGCCUCUUCAUUACUCCAUAUCCUCACCUGGGUCUCUCUCUUCCGAUUACCAAAUCACAUACCCAUCUCUUCAAUUUUGUUUUUUUCGAUCCCCAUCUGCUUCUGGAUGCAUCGCCAGCUUUGCCCACCAAAUGUUUGAUAUUAGGUAUCUAAGAUCUCGAGGUCGUUUAUUUUCUAUUACAUCAGAUUCAAACUUAUCCCCGCCAGUAAAGAUGAAUAAAAGGCAUAAUGUUAAGGGUUUAAAGCGGCGGUUCAACUCUAAGUUGACUGCAGAAGAGAGAGCUGUAAUUGUUUAUGCUAUUAAACACGAUGGUGGUACUAGCUUAGAUGGGCAUCUGAAUAAGGUAGCGGGACGUCUUUCAAUUGACUGUUUAAGCCGGAUUUUCAGUGUUUUGAAUGGACAAAGAGUAUCAGGGUUACCUUUGUUUAUCUGGGUUUUGAACAUGAAGCAUGAUUUGUAUCGUAACUCAAACUUCUGUAGUUUAAUCAUUGAUAACUGUGGAUGGUUAGGUGACUAUGAGUCCAUGGCUAACAUAUUGAAUGACUUCAAAUCCAAAAACCUUUGCCUUACUUGCAAAGCAUUUAGUUUUUUGCCUGUUUUAAAUUCGAGUAAGUCUUUACUCAUGGAAUCCAUAACAAAAGUGAUAGAAAUAUUAGACAAUGUUGGGGGAUCUUGUCGUGGUUCAGGGAUUGUAGGGAUAAUUGAGAUGCUUUGCCAAAGGGGAGCAUUUGAAAUGGCAGAUUUCGUGAUGAACAUAACCGAACGAAAGCCUCAGUACUACAAGGUUGUGAUUCGUGAAAAAUGUAAGAAAUGUCAUUUUCAAGAUGCAAGGAAGACACUUGAAGACAUGAGACAUUUUCUUUGCGAGCCAGAUGUUAACAUUUACAAUUAUCUGCUUAGCACUUUGUGCAAGAAUCGUGAAUUAGCUGAAGCUCAUAGUGUGUUUGAAGAGAUGAAAAACAAUGGUAAUCAUCCUGAUGCAUUAACUUUUGACAUCUUCAUUCAUUACACAGCACGAGAGGGUAUGUUGGAAGCUGCGACUGAAUUUCUGAAUGAGAUGAUAAAUAUGGGGCUUAAACCUAGGAUUUCAUCGCAUGCAGUGAUAAUUAAAGGGUUUCUUAAUUUAGGGAGACUUGAGGAAUCUAAAGAAUGUGGUAUUAAUUCUGAAGUUGUUGAGUAUCAUCAAAGACAUAAGAAUAUGAUUUACUGUUUACUAGCUAGCUUUCAUCUACAGAAGGGGAACAUUUCCAGGGCCGGAACUAUUCUUAUUAAAAUGAUGGACAAGAGUCUAAGACCUAACUUAUCAAUCUAUAGGAGGGUCUUGAAUCGGCUCAAGACUGAUCGCCAUGAGGAAUUGGCUAGAGAUCUGAAGAACAGGUUCUCUAGUUUCAAACUAGAGUCUUGUGAUGUUGCUGCUGCUGCGAUAACAUAGAAAUUCAUAUGAACUUCGAGAAGGAACUGCUGACAGAAAGAUAACAUGUCUUUACACAAAGCUGUUGUGCUUGCAAAGUUUUACAUUUUAGUAAACAGACUUCCUUGGUAAAAUGCAGAGGUAGGUACCAAGAAAGAAAUGAAGAUUUUGAUCUGGGGUUAUUUAAAUAACCAAGUGAUUAUUUUCAAAUAAACUUGUUUGUUGUAGAUUAUUGAAAAUGAGGUUAUUUGGAUAGAAGGACAGUAGGGGUAUAAAUAGAUAAUGUGACGGAUGUUUGGAUAAUGGGUUAUUUAAAAAUAAUCUCAAAUAACCCGCUAUUGCACUCCUGACAUGUAUUUUGCUGCUAACUGAAAAUGAAAACUAAGAACAUUCAUUUGUUUGUUA